UGAGAACAUGGGAGCUGCCCUUUCCUUCUCCGGAGGGUAACCACAGCUUGACCGGCAACUUCUCAAGCUGACUUUGUCAGAGGACCCUCUUGGCUUCCUCUCAGAGGGGCUACACCUGAUGGUGUCAACAGAUUAAUUUCUGAAUGAGGCUCGUCCUGAGCAGUGGAGUCCAGCCUGGAGUAUGGCGGUGAUUGUGGAGUGUGGAGGCUUUUGACUGCCAGUGGUCUUUUUGGGGGGCACUGGGCUCACCCGGCCCCCGCUCCAAGAUGCCCCGAAUGACUCAACCUUGUGCAAUGUCCGGAAGAAUCUCUGCAUUCCCUUCAUUUCGAUUUGACAUCUGGGUGGAAGAGCUUCCUGUCGUGGGACAGACUGUGGCUGGGGGCCGCGCAGGACACCACCAGCAUCCAGCUGCUACUCAGCUCCGAGCCCCAGAAAGCGCCCUGAUCCCAUCACGUUCUCUCCCCUUGCUUCUCCCCGCAGUUUGCCCUGGAGAGCUUCCUCGGGAUGGCACGGGCCAACAGCAGCUUCCCCGAGGGCUUCAUUCUGACGGGCGUGUCCGACCACCCCGAGCUGGAGAUGAUCUUCUUUGUGGUCAUCCUCUUCUCUUACGUGCUGACCCUGGUCGGGAACUUCACCAUCAUCCUGCUCUCUCGGCUGGAUCCCCGGCUGCACACGCCCAUGUACUUCUUCCUCAGCAACCUCUCCUCCCUGGACCUCGCCUUCACCACGAGCUCCGUCCCGCAGAUGCUCAUCAACCUGUCGGGCCCAGACAAGACCAUCAGCUACGGCGGCUGUGUGACCCAGCUCUACGUCUUCCUCUGGCUCGGGGCGACCGAGUGCAUUCUGCUCGUGGUGAUGGCCUUCGACCGUUACGUGGCGGUGUGCCGGCCCCUGCACUACACCACCAUCAUGAACCCCGGGCUGUGCUGGCGCCUGGCCAUCGUGGCCUGGUUGGGAGGGCUGGGCAACUCUCUGAUUCAGUCCACGUUCACGCUGCAGCUCCCGCUGUGUGGGCACCGGAGGGUGGACAACUUCCUGUGCGAGGUGCCCGCCAUGAUCAAGCUGGCCUGCGGGGACACGCGUCUCAACGAGGCCGUGCUCAACGGCGUCUGCACCUUCUUCACCGCCGUCCCGCUGACCGUCAUCCUGGUCUCCUACUGCUACAUCGCUCGGGCCGUGCUGAAGAUCGGCUCGGCCGAGGGCCGCAGGAAGGCCUUCAACACGUGCCUCUCGCACCUGCUGGUGGUCUUCCUCUUCUACGGCUCGGCCAUCUACGGGUACCUGCUGCCCGCUAAGUCCAGCAACCAGGACCAGGGCAAGUUUAUUUCCCUCUUCUACUCGGUGGUCACGCCCAUGGUCAACCCUCUCAUCUACACUCUGCGGAACAAGGAGGUGAAGGGGGCGCUCAGGAGGCUGCUGGGGAAGGGGAGGGAAGAGGGCUGAGGGGGGCUGCGCCAUCCACUGUGUCUCCAUCGCGGGCGCUGCCCUCCUCCUCUCUCUGGCCUCGGGGUGGGGGCAGACAGCCCCCUACAGCCAGCACCUGCUCCCUUCGACCCUCGGCUCUCGGGCUCUGGUUAGUGUUACUGCAGACGCUCUGGGCUGAUCUGGAAGAUCCGAGUGUGGCUCCAGAUCCAGACGGCCUGUGUGACCGAGACUCGGAGCAUGGGCUCGCUCACCCUCUCGUCCACAGGUUACUUAGUAUGCCUGUAUUUCUAGAGAAUUCUGUGCUUUUCUGGAGAAAGUGCCUCCACUUGCAGUAUCUUACAUAAUGUUACUGUGAUACCAUAAAAUCAAGCCAGGUAUUAUUAACCCCAAUGACUGUCCAAAUAAUUCUUUGUACCUGACCUGUCCCCUUUGUCCAUCUCUCUGUGGGUUUUUUUUUUUUUUUGCUUUUUGCGUCACACCCAGCAGUGCUUAGGGGUUACUCCUGGCUCUGCACUCAGGAAUCACUCCUGGCAGUGCUGGGGGACCAUAUGGGAUGCUGGGGAUCGAACCUGGGUCAGCCACGUGCAAGGCAAACGCCCGACCCACUGUAUAUCGCUCCAGCCCCUCUGUGUCUCUUUCUGAACUCCAUCUUUUUUAAAAAAUUUUUUUUGCUGUUUGGGUCACACCCGGCGAUGCACAAGGGUUACUCCUGGCUCUGCACUUAGGAAUUACUCCUGGCGGUGCUCAGGGGACCAUAUGGGAUGCUGGAACUCAAACCCAGGUUGGCCUCGUGCAACGCAAACACUCUACCCGCUGUGCUAUCUCUCCAGCCCCCUGAACCUCGUCUUUUGGGGCAGGAGAGAUGACACAGUGACUAGGGUGCCUGCCUUGCAUGCCGCUGACCCUGGUUUGACCCCUGCAUUUGGUUCCCCAGGACUUGCCAGGAAUAAUCCUUUAGCACAGACCCAGGAGUAAGCCCUGAGCACAGCCAGGUGGGGCCCCCAGUGUAAACAAAGGAAGAAGAAGUGCAGUCUGUCACCCAUGCCUCCCAUCCACACGGCCCUCGUCAUCUUACUGGCCCUCUUCAUUUUGUCUGCACUGUUUCUCUUCCGUAUCACCUCACGGUCGACAAGAACAGCAGGAAAGACCAUUUUCCUUUCUAGCCAAAGACCGUCCCUUGGGGCCCGAGCGAUGGUAUAGCAGGAAGGACACUUGCCUCAUACACAGCUGUCCUGGGUUCAAUCCCCUGCACCCUACAUGGCCCCCUGAGCCCCACCAGGAGUGGCCCUUGAGCACAGAGGCAGGAGUAAGCCAUAAGCACUGCUGGGGGCCCCAACACCCUCCUCCCUACAAAGAGAACAAGAAGUCCCCUUGGUAGUUUCACUGAAAUAACUCCCAGAGUCCCAGUUGUCCAAUUUACCAGCAGAACUUGGCGACGGCAGUCUGGCGGGCAGGCCGGUGCUCUGCGAGUCUGCCCGCGAGCUCCAGAGCUCAGGAAAGGCCUUCAGCCAGGCGGGGCUUUCCUGGCCUCAAGAUCCAGCCCUCGGUCCUCCCAACACUCCGUUGCGGGAGUUAGAGUGCCGGUCCGUGUCCCCCGAGGACAGGCAGUGGCACAGUUCUGUCCUAAGCGUGAUCUUCAAGCUGCAUGUCAGAGCAACGACCGCCCCACUCUGUCCUUUACCCUGUAAGCAAGGCUGAGGCCUGUCUCCGGGACCGGCCCAUUCGGGACAGCACCUCGAUGAAUGAAUCCAAGUCCAGAGAGUUGUCGGCUCAAAGUGCCUAAUCAGCACCCUCAGGUUGGAUGAAAUUUGGAGGAAGUGACAUGACCAACUCCUAAAGAGAAGAAAAGAACGCCCGUAGGGGCCAGACAGUCGUACAGCAGGUAGGGCGCUAGCCUCGCACGUGGAUGACCCAGGAUUGGUCUCUGGCAUUCCCUACGGUUCCCUAAACAGCAGGAGCGAUCCCUGAGUGCAGGAGUAACCCCUGAGAAUUGCAGGAUGUGGCCCCCAAAUGAUCUCCAAUUGACUCAUUUAUCCAUAACUACCAGGGAGACUGAAUGGUCACUUCCUCCAGCUGUUUCAUAACAUUGGUUUGUCCUUGCUCCUCCCUUAGGACUCCCACCACAGUGCUCCUGAGGCACAUCAAAUUCCAUCAGGCCCUCCACCUUUGGACAGUGCAGGCCACUAUCAACCAAGAUAUUGAGCAACAAUUGGACAUUUUGUAACAAACACUGCUCAGGGUUCAGAGGUGGGCUGAAAUGUCAAUUUUUUGUAUUUUGCAAACAGAAAAGGGGGAGAUGUUGGAUAACAUUGGUUUGUCCUUGCUCCUCCUUCAGAGAGCUUAGGUUUAUUGAAUUACUCCCACCACAGUGCUCCCGAGACACACCCAAUUCCAUCAGACACUAAUAAUCCUAUGUUGCUUUUCUUUCUUCUUCUUCUUCUUCUUCUUCUUCUUCUUCUUCUUCUUCUUCUUCUUCUUCUUCUUCUUCUUCUUCUUCUUCUUCUUCUUCUUCUUCUUCUUCUUCUUCUUCUUCUUCUUCUUCCUCCUCCUCUUCCUCCUCCUCCUUCUCCUCCACUUCCUUCUCCUCCUCCUCCUCCUUCUUUUUCUUCUUUUUUUUUCUUUUUUGCUUUUUGGGUCACACCCGGCAAUGCACAGGAGUUACUCCUAGCUCUGCACUCAGGAAUUACUCCUGGCAGUGCUCGAGGGACCAUAUGGGAUACUGGGAAUCAAACCUGAGUUGGCCACAUGCAAGGCAAACGCCCUACCCACUGUACUAUCCCACUUUUUUCUCUUUUCUUUAUGUUCUUUGCAUGGUUUAGCAAUGUCCUUUUUGUGUAGACAAAGGAAGACAGUUGGUGCUAUGCUUUUGUAACAUGGGAAUUAAUUGACUCCGAAUAAUAUUUACUCCUGGGUAUCCUCACAUUUACCUGACUUAAACCUCAGUUGCUCUUACUUCCUAACGCCCCUAUAAAGGAGGAUCCCGGCGAGGGACUUGGGUGAACCCAGGGAAAGCCGUAAGCUACCCUGGCAUCUAAGAAGUACAAGUUAAGCGCCAUAAGAAAUAUAGUAGUUGGGGCUGGAGCAAUAGCAUAGCGGGUAGGGCAUUUGCCUUGCACGCGGCCGACCUGGGUUCUAUUCCCAGCAUCCCAUAUGGUCCCCUGAGCACCGCCAGGGGUGAUUCCUGAGUGCAGAGCCAGGAGUAACCCUUGUGCAUUGCCAGGUGUGACCCAAAAAGCAAAAAAAAAAAAAAGAAAGAAAUAUAGUAGUUAAGAGCAUGGUCAUGGAACAAACUUUGUCAUGAUCCAAAAAAGAAGUAACUGACGGACCCUGCUGGAGUUAGAAAAGACUAACCUGGCCGAGGACUGAGUCCUGAGUCUGGAUACAUAGUGAGAUGUGCCCAGGAAGAGCCGCUCUUUGAGCUUACUAUAUCUCUUACUGUGUCCAUAAAAAUGAACAGAAAUAUUAGUCACUGUCACUGUCACUCAUCAAUUUGCUUCAGCGGGCACCAGUAACGUCUCCAUCUUGAGGCUUGUUGUUACUGUUUUUGGCAUAUCGGAUACACCAUGGGGAGUUCUGCCGUGCGGGAGAAAUAUUAGUAAGAAGUAUAUUCAGUAUGAUUGUUUAAGUGGAUUACUAGCUGAGGAGAAAGCAGCACACCUUUAUAUGGAAUCCCGCCCUUGAGCAGAUCUCCUAGUAAUCUAGGGUGCUGGACCCCCAGAUGAGAUUUUGUCUGUGAGAUAAUCUCCUAGAACUUCCCCAGAAGGAGGGGCUUUACAUCUGUUUGUUUUUCUGACAAUGUUCAACCCCAGCUAUGUGUACCCCACCCUUCAGGAUUACUAUAUAGCUGCUCUGUAAGAGAGAAGGAGGGAAAAAGAAAUAAACGGAAUAAAUGGUCCCUGACUCCCAGCCAGCCUGAGCCGGGUCCUCCAUUCUCCUGUGCGUUCCUUCAUCCUGGUUCCCUGCUCCUUCAUUUGC